CUUCCUUCGGGUGUCACUUGAUCUCUCUCUCUCUCUCUUUCUCGCUUCACCAAUCUCCUGAAACUUGCGGAGCCUCGAAAACCCUAAAGCACAACUCGAGAUCGAUGGCGUCCCUCACUCGCCGAGCCAUGAGCCUAGCUCAGAUCCCAUCUGUACGUGGAGCCGCCUCUAUUGGUCAGCGUCGUGGUCUCGCCGGCGCCGCUGAUCACCAUGGAUCUACCAAGGUUGACUUCUGGAAACAGCCCACGAACCCUGGAAACUGGAAAGAGGAACAUUGGAUACAAGCUCUUCACCGGCGGGAAAGAAGAGAAGCCUGUGGAGGGUACGCAAUGAAUGAAUUUCAAUCGGAAAAGAAGACAUUUCAUGAUGGAGAGAGCUUUCAUUCUCGUGCAAUUUACUUUCCGUUUCAGCACCUUGUGACUGGUCUUGUAUCAUCAAAGCCAGCUAAUUAGUUCUGACAAACCAUCUGUGUUUUAUUUGAGAAAUAAUAUGCAUCACUCACUUUUUGAGAUCACCAUCAUCAUGUCUGCUAUGGAUUCUUGGCAGUUUUCUGUUUCAUAAAAUAUUCCUAUGCUUUGGAACAUACAAGAUUUAAGCCAAAGCAUUGUGAUAUAUAUAUAUAUAUAUAU